CUCAUCAAACACAAUAUAAAUCAGCUGAGCAUGUAAACUACUUCAAAUUAAACCAGCAACAAGGCCCCCAGAAAAAUAUUUUUAUCCAAACGAAACCCAUUAAGCCAAACCCUUUGGGAGUCUAAUAGAGUGAUCCUUAUAUAUACAAUCUUCCUGUGUACCUACUGGGAAAACUAAGCUAGAAAGCAAACAUUUAUAUAUAACUAGAGAUCAUGAGAGCAGGAAUUUGCAUAGUCCAGCAGGCUCUAACAGUAGAGGCUGCAAGCAUGGUAAAGCAAUCCAUUAGCCUUGCUAGACGGCGGGGUCAUGCCCAAGUGACUCCUCUCCAUGUGGCAAGUGCUAUGCUUGCUUCUCCCACAGGACUUCUUAGAAGGGCCUGCUUGCAAUGUCACUCUCAUCCCCUCCAGUGCAAGGCUCUUGAGCUUUGUUUCAAUGUGGCCCUCAACCGCCUCCCUGCUUCAACCCCAAGCUCCAUACUAGGAACAGGUGGCCCUCACUACUCCAAUAACCCGUGUUUCUCCAAUGCCUUGGUCGCAGCCUUCAAGCGUGCUCAGGCUCACCAACGCCGUGGCUCUGUUGAGAACCAGCAGCAGCCUAUUUUAGCCCUAAAGAUAGAGUUAGAACAGCUCAUAGUCUCUAUUUUAGAUGACCCAAGUGUUAGUAGAGUCAUGAGAGAGGCUGGUUUCUCUAGUCCCCAAGUCAAAAGCAGAGUAGAACAAGCUGUUUCUGUUUCUUUAGACAUCAUUUCUUCUACUCAAAUAAGUCCUAGUAGCCAGUUCAAGGAUAGCAGUGCUAAACAACCUCUAGAGCUCAUUGGUACUCACCAUCAUGUGUCGUCUCCACCUGCACUCGGAGAACAAAAACACUUUGAUCAAACUAGGCAUGAAGAUGUAAUGAGUGUAUUGAGAGAAAUGUUGAACAAGAAAAUAAGAAACAUUGUUGUUGUAGGAGAGUGUCUGGCUACAGCUGAAGGUGUAGCUAGGGGAGUGAUGGAUAAGUUUGAGAGAGGAAAUAUAAUUAAUGCUGCUCAAGAUCAGGGGGAUUUGAGGUAUGUGAAGUUUAUAUGUGUUCCUCUCUACUCUUUGAGGAACAUCUCUAGAGAAGAGCUUGAAGAGAAAUUUGCAGAGCUCAGGAGCCUGAUUAAAAGCUACAUAGGCAGAGGGAAUGUUGUCUUGUACUUGGGAGAUCUCAUGUGGGUUUCUGAGUUUUGGUCCAAUUAUGCUGAGCAGAAAAGGAACUGUUACAGUCAUAAUUUGGAGCAAAUAAUCAUGGAGCUUAAGAGAUUGGUGUGCAGAAUCGGGGAGGAUGGAAGAUUGUCACUUAUGGGAAUUGCAACUUUCCAGACCUACAUGAGAUGCAAAACAGGCCAGACUUCUCUAGAGAAAAUUUGGGAUCUCCAUCCUGUCGCGGUCCCAGUUGGAAGCCUGAGCUUAAGUCUAAACUUUGACAGUUAUUUGCAAGCUGAUAUGAGUACCAUGGCACCAAAAGAUCAGUCUGAUCAGGUUUCCACCACUUCCACCAUCUCAAGCUUGCCCUUGUGGCUCCAAAAGUGCAGGGAAGAGAACAGAAACAAUGAUAAGCAGGAAUGUAUUGAAGUCAACAAUAUCUGCAACAAGUGGAACUUAUUGUGCAGUCCAGCGCCCCAAAAACACCCCCACUAUCCAGAUAAACUAACUUUCAAUUCUUCUUCAAAAUCUCUUACUUCCACCAAGCCACUCUCUUCACAUGAUUGCAGCCUAAACCUACAUUUCAAGGAUGAUGAACCCAAAGACUCACCAAAAGAACACCAAUUCUGGGGGUUUGAAGAUAAUGAUGAUGACUGUUAUGAAAACCAAAAUGAGACUAAGCCAGAUCUCUUAUCAAAUCCUAACUCUAGUCCUAAUUCGGCUUCGUCAAGCGAGGUAAUGGAAGACAUGGAUGACGUCCUUGGAAGGUUCAAGGAGUUUAACGCUGAAAAUGUCAAACGUCUAUGUGAAGAAAUAGAAGACAAGGUUCCAUGGCAGAAAGAGAUCAUUCCUGAAAUCGCCACAACGAUCCUCAAGUGCAGGUCUGGUAUGAGCCAAAGGAAAGGUAACCUCAAACACAAGGAGGGCAAAGAAGAAAGUUGGCUCUUCUUUCUAGGCUUUGACUCUAAAGGCAAAGAGAAGAUUGCAAGGGAGCUGGCUAGACUUGUUUUUGGCUCUCAGAACAACUUUGUAUCAAUUGGCCUCAGCAGCUUUUCUUCACCAAGAGUUGAUUCCACUGAAGAAUAUUCGAAAAACAAGAGGGCACGAAACGAGUUCGGUUGCAGUUAUGUCCAGAGAUUUGGCGAAGCUUUGAAUGAGAAUCCUCACCGAGUGUUCUUCGUGGAAGACCUUGAACAAGUUGAUUAUUCUUCUCAAAAGGGUAUCAAGUACGCAAUUCAAAGUGGAAGAAUAACACUUGCUGACGGUGAAACUCAUGUUCCUCUUAAGGAUGCUAUUGUGAUUUUCAGUUCUGAAAGUUUCAGCUCAAUUUCCACAGCCUGCUCUCCUGCAAGAAGCCGAAAAUCGGAUGAAGCAACCAAAGAGAAAGAGGAUGAUCAUAACUUGGUGGAGAAAAUCCCAUGUGUCUCACUGGAUUUGAAUCUUACUAUUCAAGAUGAUAAUGAAGAGGAGCUUUCAGAUGCAGACUAUGCUAUAUUGGAAGCUGUGGAUAGGCAGAUUUUUUUUUAAAACUCAAGAAUCACAAUAGAAGACAAUUCAAACUGAUCUUUAAUUCCUGAAGUUUUAACUCUUUCUUUUUUGGUUUUUUUUUUUUUUUUUUUUUCAUUGAUGGGGAGGUAAAGAAAUGUUUAACUUAAUAUGGGAAAGAGGUAGGUUAGUUUGUAAGCAUUUUUCAUGAUUGGAAGCUAGCUAGGAUUUUGCUUUGUUUUCUUUGCUAGAAUUUUGUUAUGAGCAAAAGUUGUGUA